CACUACAUCGUCGGCCGUACGUCUUGAAGCGUAGUUCUCGUUGGUUUUCCCUUCGGAACAUCUAAUGGGGGCUAAGGCCUCUUAGUGUUUUUUUCUUUUUAUUUUCCUUCUUUGCAUCAUAACGAAUAACCAGUGAUACAUAUUUUAAUACAGUUGUUCCGGGACAACCGGUUAACCCACAUUUGGAUUUUUUUGUGUAAACGACAAAGGUACCAUCUUUAAGACGCAAUGGAAGACGGCCAUACAAAAACCGUCGAGGAGGUUCUGACGUACUUCAGCACCGAUCCAGAAAGAGGAUUAACGCCCGACCAGGUUAAGCGUAAUCAACUAAAAUAUGGACCUAAUGAAUUGCCCGCAGAAGAGGGCAAGUCCAUAUGGCAAUUAGUUCUAGAGCAAUUCGAUGAUCUUCUAGUCAAGAUUUUAUUAUUAGCCGCUAUUAUUUCAUUUGUCCUCGCGCUAUUCGAAGAGCACGACGGAGCAUUCUCCGCUUUCGUAGAACCUUUUGUAAUUCUCCUUAUCCUAAUUGCUAAUGCAGUCGUAGGUGUAUGGCAGGAACGUAAUGCUGAAUCGGCCAUUGAAGCCCUUAAAGAAUAUGAACCCGAAAUGGGUAAAGUUCUUCGAGGCGACAAAUCGGGUAUUCAAAAAAUCAGAGCAAAAGACAUUGUACCUGGGGACAUAGUCGAAGUGUCUGUCGGUGACAAGAUCCCGGCUGAUAUUCGUUUGAUAAAAAUUUUUUCGACGACGCUUCGUAUUGACCAGUCUAUCCUCACAGGUGAAUCCGUCUCGGUAAUUAAACACACCGAUGCCAUACCCGACCCUAGAGCUGUAAAUCAAGACAAAAAGAACAUUUUGUUCUCCGGUACGAAUGUAGCCGCAGGAAAAGCUAGAGGUAUCGUUAUUGGCACAGGUUUGAACACUGCUAUUGGUAAGAUCAGAACGGAAAUGUCAGAAACUGAAGAAAUUAAGACACCACUCCAACAAAAAUUGGACGAAUUUGGCGAACAAUUAUCCAAAGUAAUCUCAGUAAUCUGCGUUGCUGUCUGGGCUAUUAAUAUUGGACAUUUCAACGAUCCGGCUCAUGGAGGUUCCUGGAUCAAAGGGGCUGUGUACUAUUUCAAAAUCGCUGUAGCUUUAGCCGUCGCAGCUAUUCCAGAAGGUUUACCUGCUGUCAUCACUACUUGUCUUGCUCUUGGAACACGCAGAAUGGCUAAAAAGAAUGCGAUCGUUCGUUCCUUACCGUCCGUAGAAACUUUAGGUUGCACUUCCGUUAUUUGCUCCGACAAAACCGGCACGUUGACGACCAACCAAAUGUCCGUAUCAAGAAUGUUCAUCUUUGAUAAAAUUGAAGGUGGUGAUAGCAGCUUCGCAGAGUUUGAAAUCACCGGAUCCACUUACGAACCAAUUGGUGAAGUUUUCUUGAAGGGUCAAAAGGUGAAAGCGGGCGAUUAUGAAGGUCUUCAUGAAAUAUCGACAAUUUGUAUAAUGUGUAAUGAUUCUGCCAUUGACUUUAACGAGUUUAAACAAGCUUUUGAAAAGGUUGGCGAAGCUACUGAAACUGCCCUAAUCGUUCUUGCUGAAAAAAUGAAUCCAUUUAACGUUGCCAAAACUGGAGAUCGUCGUGCUUCUGCCAUUGUUGUUAGACAGGACAUCGAAACAAAAUGGAAAAAAGAAUUUACAUUGGAAUUCUCCAGAGAUCGUAAAUCUAUGUCUUCAUAUUGCGUACCCCUUAAACCAUCCAAAUUGGGUACUGGACCGAAAUUGUUCGUUAAAGGAGCUCCGGAAGGUGUUUUGGACAGAUGUACACACGCCAGAGUUGGAAGCACCAAAGUUCCACUUACCAACACCCUUAAGAAUCGUAUCCUCGAUGUUACUCGUCAAUACGGCUGCGGACGCGAUACCCUUCGUUGUUUGGCUUUGGCCACCGCCGAUAACCCAAUGAAACCAGAAGAGAUGGAUCUUGGUGACUCCACCAAAUUCUACACAUAUGAAGUUAACCUUACUUUUGUUGGUGUCGUUGGAAUGUUGGAUCCACCACGUAAAGAAGUAUUUGAUUCGAUUGUAAGGUGUCGUGCUGCUGGUAUUAGGGUAAUUGUUAUUACUGGUGAUAACAAGGCUACUGCUGAAGCUAUCUGUAGGAGGAUUGGUGUAUUUGGUGAAGAUGAAGAUACCACCGGCAAAUCAUACUCUGGACGUGAAUUCGAUGACUUACCUACUAGUGAACAAAGAGCUGCUUGUGCGAGAGCCAGAUUAUUCUCUAGGGUAGAACCUAGCCAUAAAUCCAAGAUUGUUGAAUAUUUGCAAAGUAUGAAUGAAAUUUCUGCUAUGACUGGUGAUGGUGUGAACGACGCUCCCGCUUUGAAAAAGGCCGAAAUUGGUAUUGCUAUGGGUUCCGGUACAGCUGUAGCUAAAUCAGCCUCCGAAAUGGUAUUAGCUGACGACAACUUCUCUUCAAUCGUAGCUGCCGUGGAGGAAGGUCGCGCUAUCUACAACAACAUGAAACAAUUUAUUCGUUAUCUCAUCUCCUCAAAUAUUGGGGAGGUCGUUUCCAUCUUCUUAACUGCCGCUCUUGGCCUCCCCGAGGCUCUCAUUCCUGUACAACUUCUCUGGGUUAACUUGGUUACUGAUGGUUUGCCAGCCACUGCUUUAGGUUUCAAUCCACCCGACUUAGAUAUCAUGGACAAACCACCUCGUAAAGCUGAUGAAUCUCUUAUUUCUGGAUGGUUGUUCUUUAGGUAUAUGGCUAUUGGUGGAUAUGUAGGAGCCGCUACCGUAGGUGCUGCCGCUUGGUGGUUCAUGUUUUCACCGUAUGGUCCACAAAUGAGCUAUUGGCAAUUGACUCAUCACUUAUCUUGCAUGCCUGGUGUGGAAGAAUUCAAAGGAGUUGAUUGUAAAGUGUUUACUGAUCCACAUCCUAUGACAAUGGCUUUAUCUGUAUUGGUUACAAUUGAAAUGUUAAACGCUAUGAACAGCUUAUCAGAAAAUCAAUCACUUAUCGCUAUGCCACCAUGGAGUAAUUUAUGGUUGAUUGGUUCCAUGGCUCUUUCAUUCAGUUUGCACUUCGUCAUUUUGUACGUUGAGGUACUUUCGGCGGUAUUCCAAGUGUGUCCACUGACCGUGGAAGAGUGGGUGACGGUGAUGAAGUUCUCGAUACCUGUAAUCCUGCUGGACGAGACGCUCAAGUUCGUCGCGAGGAAGUUCACAGACGGUGAGAGCCCCAUUUACACUGUGCACUGGAUUGUAUUGAUGUGGGCGGUGUUUUUCGGUGUAUUGCGAGUGUGUCCCUUGUAACUUGGACCGCGCCUCCAUUUGACGAGGCCGCCGGUGGUGCGCGGACGGGUGCCUUGCGUAGGCCCCGCGUGCGUGAGUUAAUAGUUGAAUGUUUUCUCUCCUCAUCCUUUUAAUCAUUUUGUUUAUUAUUUUCUUUUACUAUUUUUUCUCGCGGAAAGACCAAAUUUAACGAAUUGAACUAUUGAUUGUCGAUUAGUAACGAUUUCGAUUGAGGACAAAUUUUUUUUCUUUAAUGUAGCUAAUUUUUUCGAUAUAUUUUUUCUUUUGAUAUUAUUUAUCCCCUGUCUUUAGUUUUUAUAUAGUGAAAGUAAAAGUCUUUGAUUUGGAAGGUUUUGAUACACUCAAGGAAGUGAACCUAGUGAAUUCAUGUGGUUUUGUGAAUAUUUGUUACUUAUUUAACAGGAAUAAUGAUAAUAAAUGAAAAGUUUGAUUUCAGCUAGUUAUCUACAUACUGUGAUAUAUUUAAUUGUCUUGCUUUUGGAGUAAUUGAACAGUUUUUUUUGUAACAUAAUAGGAUGGUUGUAAUUUUUGAUAAUUUGAGCAAGGCAAGUUUGCAAAAUUUACAUUAAACCGAUUUUACCGCAAUUUUCUUUAAUUACAUAUCGUUUCAAAUCGUUGAAAGUUCAUAAAGGAAUUAGUACAAAAAAUAUAUCAGACGGAUGUGGAAAAUUUUAUAAACAUCUUAUAAAUCUAUUGAUACUUAGGAGUUAAUAUCAAACCAAAAUCCAUAAAAUUAUGCAUGUUUAUUUUUUAAUUUUUCUUCCCAAUUAAUCUUAAUUUAUUUCUCCAAAACAAAUAAUUUACUUAAAUAUCGAAUGCAUAUUUAACAAGGCCCCUUCAAAGAAAUAUAAAAAAGAUUUAGUGUGUAUGUUUAUUAAUCAAAUUGAAAUGAUUGACUCUCAUCGGAAUAUAAACAGGCAAGUUGAUUACAUUCAAUAAUUAUUUUGGUUAUAUUUGGCAAUGAAGAACAUUAAGAAUAUUGUAUAGGUAACAAAAAAAUUAUUAAACAGCAUGUUAUUUAUACAUACAUAUAUUGAAUGAGUAUGUUAGAAUCGAUUAACCCUUAACGUUUGUUUUUUUUUAAACUAAUGAAUAAAUUUGAAAACACUAUACAUAAAUUCUUGUAUAAAAAAUGAAAUAAACUACUUACUAGAUUUAAACGGUAAAUUUUUACUCUUAAAAUAGCGAAAUUUAGUAAAAAUACCUGUUGUUAAAGUCUGUUAAAUGUAGUAAGUAAUUUUUUAGCGGGAGUGUUUCUAUACGUUUGUCCUAUUAUUUAUUUGUAUUUUAUAAGGAUCGACGAAACUUCAUGGGAAAAAUCUUUGCGUACAGGGUGUUUUGGUAUUGAUGCCCAUUAAUUUGGACAUCCUGUAUACGAGUUAAUUAAUAAAUAAAAUAAACAAAAAUAAAUUAAACGAUCGGUUUUCGAUUGGCAAAUGGAAAUCUUGUAUAUAUGUUGUGUAACGGACGAAAGCAGUAAAAAUAAUAAAGUUUUCAAUGUUUGAUACUUA